AUGGGUAACUCCAUGAGGAAGGAGGUGCAAGUCAUCCUUGAGGGGCGGUCGGGGUCAGGAAAGAGCUCGGCGCUGUUCCAUCUAAAGCACGGCGAGACCCUGCUGACUCCCACACCGGGGAUCGAGGGUUUCUACGUGGAAAGGGCGGUACACGCUGGCACCAGGCUGAACGUGUGGGAGGUGCAGCCGAGCAGCACCAUCGUGCGGGAGAAGUCUUUGACGGUGGCGAGAGCUCUCGUCUACGUCAUCGACAGCACGGGGGGCUCGGCCGGUAUUCAGGAUGCGAAAGAGGAUUUGUACCCGAUAUUGACAGCGCUGGCAUCACAAAAGCCGCGAACGUGCUUCACGGUGCUGGUUUUGGCGAACAAGCAAGACAUUCCGGCGGCUGCAUCCCCGGCGACCAUUGAGCGGGACUUGGCCAUUUCCUCGAGACCGGACGGCAGCACGUGGAGAUGGGCGGUGCAAAGCUGCUCGGCGAAGGAAGGGCUGGGGCUGAAGGAGGGGAUGGACUGGCUGGCUAAGGCCGUUCGAGGAAAGAACGUCUCGCCAUCGAGGCCGAAGGGGGGGAGAAGAGGCGGCAGGUCGAGCAAGCUUGAAGGGGCACCGGGGGGAGGGAGGAGAAAUAACGGUCUCGUGCCACCUUCAAUAUAUUCAGCUUGAUUCAAAUUCGAGCGGUUUUCUUUGAACGGCCGAGCUGCUAUAAUACUGCUCCCCCCGCAGAGAACAAAGAGAAACCUGGUACAGUACAACUUUGAGUCACAAUAUUUUUUUGAACGAGCUCUGAGGCUCUUAUACAGAGCAGAGUAAAAGAGGCCCUGUAUAUGUAUUAAGAAUUGUUUACGAUAUUUAUUUACCACACACCGUACAAGUAGCGUGUCCGAAUUCCCUUGGCUGUAGGCUUGGGGCGUGUAUUGCGUGAUUGCACGCA